GGCACGGUCACACUCGAAAAUUGUUUGCCCGCGCGAGGUGCUGCGUUUCGUUUCGGCUCGCAUCGAAAACACAAAAAAAACUCUUGGCCGCCGGGAAAAUCGCGAAACAAUAUUGGGUUUUUUGUGAAAAAAUCAAGAAAAAUAUUGUCAACACAUUUGCCUCAGAUAACAACAAAGAAAUGUGCGUUUGAAACGAUUGGUGACAACAACAAAUCGUGGAACCUAGACAGCCUGUGUGCGAGAGCGAGAGCGUGGUCGUGCGUCCCUCUCCAACACACACACUGAAUCGGCGCCGACGACGCGUACGCAACAAACGAAAAUAAAACGCAAGCGAAAAGGAGAGAGAAAGAACAAAUAACGCCCACCGUAACACCCCCCGCGAAUAAGAAGAAGCAGAGUAGCUAAAGCAGAGAAAGACGAAGAAGCAGCAGCAAAGGCAGACGGCAGAAUUGGAGCUUUGCGCAGAAAUCGAUUUUUUUGCCCAUUUUAAGAGAUUUUCGGUAGCCUCUCCCACUGCCGAAAAUCGUUUAUCGCCACUGCUGCGUGCGUGUUUUGUGUGUGUGUGUGUGCGUGUGCCUGUGCGAAAGUGAAACAAACAAAUUCACCAAGCAAAAGAUUAAUAUUAUAUGGUACCAGUGUGAGUCACAAAUAACAAGAGAGAAAAAAAAAACAGAAAAAAGAAAAAUUAAUUCAGCAGCAGCUUUAGCUUUUUAGCUGCUGGCAUUGAAGAGGUGCUCUGCCGCAGUCGACGUCUCUGCCGCCGCCCGCAACACGCGCUCUCUUUGCCUCUCUCCGUCUCUCUUGUGAGCGAAAUAACACCACACCAAACGACACACACACGAAAAAAGCAUAAUAAUAUUAACCAAAACGCCAGCCAAAGUGCCAGUUAAGUUAUAAUUAUACACUAAAAGUAAACCGAGCAAAGAGAGAGCUGCCAGCCAAAAGCGGAAAAUCAAUAAAAGGUCUCUCGCAAAAGUGGAAAAACGUGCAAACAAGUUAAAAGCAAGGCUGCAAAAAAGAAAAAGGAAAAACUCCGCGCGCGUUUACACGUGUGGUUUAUGUGUGUGUGCGUGUUUAACGUUUAACUGCUAAUCGCAAAAACGCAAUCUGCGAAGACCGCGUAACAAAGGCUUACGUAAAGCUUGGCCAAGGGAAAGAGCCAACUAACAACGAAGCAUAAAAAACAAUAUAAAAAAAAUACAACAAAUUUGAAAAGUAAACAAGGAUAGUCACAGAAAUUCGAAACUCCCCAAUUAUCAAAUCGGGAAUAACAUUCUCGCACAGCCUUCAAAAACCAGGAUAAUACCCCGACACAAAGAUGACUAAAGACAGAUUAGCCGCUCUCCAUGCCGCCCAAUCCGACGACGAGGAGGAGACGGAGGUGGCCGUCAAUGUGGAUGGCCAUGAUUCCUACAUGGACGACUUCUUCGCCCAGGUGGAGGAGAUCCGCGGGAUGAUCGACAAGGUGCAGGACAACGUCGAGGAGGUGAAGAAGAAGCACUCGGCCAUCCUGUCCGCCCCGCAAACGGACGAGAAGACCAAGCAAGAGCUGGAGGAUCUGAUGGCCGACAUCAAGAAGAAUGCCAAUCGCGUUCGCGGCAAGCUCAAGGGCAUCGAGCAGAACAUCGAGCAGGAGGAGCAGCAGAAUAAGUCGUCGGCGGAUCUGAGAAUCCGGAAGACGCAGCACUCGACGUUGUCACGGAAAUUCGUCGAGGUGAUGACCGAGUACAAUCGCACGCAGACCGAUUACCGAGAGCGCUGCAAGGGAAGGAUACAGCGUCAGCUGGAGAUUACCGGACGACCGACCAACGACGAUGAGCUGGAAAAGAUGCUGGAGGAGGGCAACUCGUCUGUGUUCACGCAGGGCAUCAUCAUGGAGACGCAGCAGGCCAAACAGACGCUGGCGGACAUUGAGGCCCGCCACCAGGACAUCAUGAAGCUGGAGACAUCGAUCAAGGAGCUGCACGACAUGUUCAUGGACAUGGCCAUGCUGGUGGAGUCGCAGGGCGAGAUGAUCGAUCGCAUUGAGUACCAUGUGGAGCACGCUAUGGACUAUGUGCAGACGGCAACUCAGGACACCAAGAAGGCGCUCAAGUACCAGAGUAAAGCCCGACGAAAGAAGAUCAUGAUACUGAUCUGCCUCACUGUGCUGGGCAUCUUAGCGGCCUCAUAUGUUAGCAGUUAUUUCAUAAUCCAAGCAUCCAAGUAGCAUGCUCAUCAAGGCCAAUAAUCUGCAUUAUCUACACACGUUUUGUAGUA